AUGGUUGAAGCGCCGGCAAAUCCGGCCACCGACCAUGAAAAGUCAAUAGUAUUCAAUGAGUUUCAACAUCUUGAUGAGUUUAACACUUUGUUUGGUGGGAUUUGCAGUUCAGUUGGGGACGUUCGUAAGGAAGAAAUGCUACUUACUAAAUUUACAAUAAUAUUUGGAUGGUACCAAGAGCAGCCCCAUCUUUUGGACCCAUAUUUGGGUGAGAUGCUGGGGAAGUGCAUUGCACAAAUUUACAAGAACAUUGACAACCCCAAGAUAUAUCAUUUCGUAUUUAAGAUUAUCCACCUUAUGACAAAUACGAGAGGUUAUAAGAGUCUCGUUCGUUUGAUGCCUCAUACUGUGGAUGACCUGGAAUCUGUGUUUGAUCUCCUAAAGCUCCAGGAUAUUGAUGAUCAUAAUAAUUGGCAGACGCGAUACGUGCUUUUACUGUGGCUAUCCAUUGUUAUUAUGGUUCCUUUUGCGCUUGAGCGACUUGAGAAGCCGGGUAAACCACUACUAAUUGAACGCAUUUUGAGUGAGGCCAAGAAGCAUGUUGUCCUGGCUGAUAUCACCCAAAUUGCUGCUGCGCACCUUUUGGCAAAAUUCAUAUCACGCCCGGAUGUCUACCCAUCAAAACUUGAGGAUGUUAUUUUUUGGGUUGAGGGCGAACUUAAGGAAGCUAAUUAUGAUUCGCAAAAGGAUCAAAUGCGUGUAGCUGGUUUUCUUCGCAGUCUUGUCAGCAUCUGCAAGAUUGUUCCCCGUCAUGUUCUUUAUCCGUACGCGCUACGGCUGCUCGAAAUGAUUAUCAACCUGGUGCCGGAUAAGGUAUCCGGAAAUAUCCUUCUCGCUCGUCUCCGUUGUAAGCUCAUUCAGCGUGUGGGUUUACUGUUCUGCCGCCGUAGGGCUGCCGCAGCCUCUUGGCGCUAUCAGCGCGGUUUUCGCUCUCUUGCCGACAAUCUCAGCUCGCUCACCCAUCCACACAAUAUCAUCGAAAGCGGUGGGGACGUACAGAAGACGGAGCCUGUACCUGCGGCAGUCUCCUAUCUGACAUCCAAAGGUAGCAAAAAAGAGGAUGAUGGGUACGAGGAGGAUGAUGUUGAAUCACCCGAUGAAGUCGCGAUUGUGAUUGACAACUUGAUUGACGCAUUGAGGAGUAAAUUUACAUGUGUUCGGUGGUCAGCCGCUAAAGGAGUUGGCCGAAUUUGCUCUCGACUGACGGCUCCGUAUGUGGAUGACGUGUUAACUGCCAUUUUGGAUCUCUGCACGCGAUUAGAAACCUUCUCGGCAUGGCACGGAGCUUGCUUUGCCCUAGCGGAACUUGGCAGACGAUGUCUUCUCUUACCGGAAAAACUCCCACGGGUAAUUCCUGUCGUUUUAACGGCACUGUUCUACGACGAGAAAUCGGGAGAUUGCAAUUUCGGAUCAAAUGUACGCGACGCAGCCUGUUAUUGUUGUUGGGCCUUUGCUAGAGCCUACAAGGCCUCUGACUUUGCCUGCCACGUGCACGAGGUCUCACAGAAACUCAUUCUCGCCGCUCUCUUCGAUCGAGAGGUAAAUGUUCGUCGAGCGGCAGCAGCGGCCUUUCAGGAGAAUGUUGGUCGUCAGGGGCAAUUUGCUAAUGGCAUUGAGAUCAUCACGACUGUCGAUUACUUUGCCGUCGGAAGUAUUUCAAAUUGUUAUCUCAACUUGAGUAAGUUUGUGGCAGGUUUCAAUGAGUACACGUAUGCCAUCGUGGAACAUCUUGCGUUUUGGAGGCUUGGGCACUGGGACGAAAAUAUUCGAGAUAUGGCUGCUCGUUCUCUGAAUAAUCUGUUCCCACUUGCUACAGAUCAAAUGAUGCAAUCAAUUUUGCCCCAACUUAUAAAACACGUGGGUGGCACGGAUCUAUAUAUGCGACAGGGCAGCGUUCUGGGCAUUGCUGAAUUGAUUCAACCCCUCUCAGAAAUGAAUUCCCUUUCCGACGCAAUCGUUGACAGCAUUGCGGAGAUUGUUCCUCAGUUGGAAGAGCGUAAACUCUUCAAUGGAGUUGCGGGUGAACUGAUGCGCCGUGCCUGCUGUCGCCUUAUCGAAAAAGUGUCAAUUUCUAAAUUGCCUCUUCAUGAGCAUCCCAUUCUUGAAAAAUGGAGGAGUUUCCUCGACGCCUGCUUAACACAUAAGGAAACAAGUGUCAGAGACCCCGCUAUUCCGGCCUAUGGUGCAUUUCUUUCAGCGUACACUUUUGCCAAAGAUGGGACUUUGAGAAGGGAUUAUCGUGACAUGCUGUUGGCGCACCUGCUGGAAAAUCUUGCCGCUCGAACUGAGAGCUGCCAGGUGGGGUAUUUGGGCGUGUUGAGUCAAGCACCGGGUUUUCUCUUCGCUGAAAAUAUUGAGGCGAGUCUUCGUGCCAUCAGCGCCUGCUGCCGGCCUGUCAAACUCACUCUCCUCUGGGGCAACGCACGCCAACGCGCCCUCUCAACUCUUGCCGAAGUCGUCAAACACAUUGGAGUGACGGAGGGGAAUAUUUCAGAUGCUCAGUUGCGCUCUCUUUACCCCGUCUUCCUUGGUUCACUUGCUGAUUACACAACCGAUUCUCGAGGUGACAUCGGUUCGAUCGUACGUGAGGCGGGUAUGCAGGCAUUGUUGGAUUUCUCCAGCAAUUUGGUGAAGAGCGACCGUUCUGAUGUCAUCGAAAGUGAUACGAUGGAGCAGGUGGUUGUGCAGGUCGCCCAACAAGCGGUAGAAAAGAUUGAUCGAACAAGAGCCACGGCAGGUCAAGUCUUUGUUGGCCUCCUCCAUCAUAAACCAGAGAUUCCCCAUAUUCCUCACGCAGACGCUCUACGGAUCAUUUUCGCCGAUGAAGUUCUUGAAGAAGUGCAUUGGCGCACCGCCGAAAGGACAUUCCCUCUCUUUGUACAGUUGUUUGACUUUCCCGAUUUUCACUAUCAGCUUGUCCUUGGUUUCGCUGUUAGUGUAGGUAGUGUUACGGAAAACACCGUCAAAGCCAGCUCAACUGCCUUGCGUGAUUACAUCGUCAGGCAUGAGACCGAUCCCGAUUUCAUUUUGCGCCUAAUGAAGACCGUUGGUCGAAUAUUCACGACUCUUAGCGAACAGCCCAGACUAUGCCUUUCUCUGUUGCGUUUUCUCGAUUUUCUCCUCUGUGACUCCGUGGUUGCCGCCUGCAUGGAAUUCCAUCUGUCUCUUGUUGACCACUUGGUUUCCUGUACCUGGAAAUUCAUCCGGCUAUCGACUGAGAUCGCCAAGCUCAAGUCUGCCAUUGACAUAUACGGCGCAGCUCUUCAGUUCAACGACCCGGUUCGACACAAGGCGGCCCAGUAUCUGACACAAUGCCUCCGUCAUCGGUAUCCCAUAAUCCGUAAAACCGCUGCCACCAAACUUUUUGAAUGCAUUUUGAUCUACGACAUGGUGGAACCCGAAAUCAACAGCGAACUCUCCGAUCUUUUAUCCGAAACAGUUUGGGAACAAGAGCUGGCUGAGUUGAAACCGACCCGUCUGAGGAUUUGUGAAUUACUUGGUGUACCACCUACAAGACCUGAUUCCGCCGCGUCUACUGAAUAG